AAAUAGAUAUGUGUGCCUUUCUGGUCAGAUUGUUAAGUGAAACUAUUCAUACAGUCGUUUUUUUUUUAAUUUCAUUGCCGGUGUAUUCAUUAAAAUCAUUGGUCUGCGGUUCCCUUAGUCAUGAACGGGGUCGACAAAAAUUAACAGAACAGAGAACGUCAAUUUUAUUUUUUCCUCCACGUUGUGUAGAAAUUUGAUUUGUUUAACUUUUAGCACUAUGUGUUUUUUCAAAUUCCAAAUAGGCCCAAGUGCAAAAUUUAAUUUCUUAGGAAUUUCAUUUGAUAUAUUAUCUACCAAGAAAUAGUAGAUGUCCAACUGAUGUGAAAGUAAUCUUUAUUCCAUUUUAUCCAGAAAAACGACAAAUAAAAUUUGGUAGUUUUAUACAACCAAUUUAUAUCACAUACAAACAUUAUAUAAUUAAAAAUAAAUUAUCCACCUGGAAAAUACAAAAAAGAACCUUUUGUAAAAGGGAGGAUAAUUUUAAAAUUGUUGUAUAACUUGCAAAAGAACAACAAAACAUAAACGACAGAGACGACAAACUACACUCAGAUAGAGAGAGAUAUAAAGAGAGGAACUCUUUAAGUCCUAAAUCAGACUCCAGGAAGAAAAAAAAACGUGUUUGAAAUUUUUGUCAGAUUACAAAUUUGUGUCUUGUGUUAUUAAACAAUUUAUAAAAAAUCCGCCGAACAUUUUAAAAACAUAAAAAAGGAACACAGAAACGGUCUGUUGUGUAAUGGCGUUUUUGCGUUCUCUCCGUCAUCGUACAACUAAUUUUGUAUAUAGCAAUAGUAAACGCAAUAUAACCAAUAAUGGCAACAAUCCUACUGUCUGCGUAACAUUGAAGUGGAAAUUAAUAGAACUUGAAAAUCCUAUUAUUCGGCCCAAAUCUCAUUCAAGCAAUAACAGUUACAUCAAUUUAAAUAAUCAAUCUACAACACUUUUACGUCGGGACGUGCUGGGUAAUAUUUUAUAUCGCAAUGUUCAUUCGGAUGCUCGCAAGCAAUGCCCUGAAUGCCCAUCUGAUGACCAAAAGCUCACAAGGAAUCAAGGAAAAGACAGAUCAAUUAAACCACAACGAGAUCCUUUGGACGUGAGCUUCAAUGAUUCUAUUGCUGCUUUUAAGAGUAAGACUACGGGGGAGCUUAUUCGAGCUUUGGUCGUGUACAUCUUAUGUUCCAGCCAUUACCUCGUUGAGCAUAACAUGCAGCUAUUGAAAAUCACCCGAGCACUAUUGGGUGGGAAACUGUUUGAGCUACUCAUGAAGUCAACAUUUUAUGGACAUUUUGUUGCCGGAGAAAAUCGCCAUACAAUUGUUCCCACAUUGGAAAGGCUACGAUCUUUUGGAGUGAAACCAAUUUUGGACUAUUCAGUUGAAGAGGACAUAUCACAGGAAGAAGCGGAAAAACGUGAAGUUGAAUCAUCGGUGUCAAGUGUAGGUGAUGUUCACGAAGAAGGCGCUUUACCUCAAUAUCACGUGGACAAAUCAUUUGCUGAUAGGCGAUACAAAGUGAGCAGUGCUCGAACAUACUUCUAUCUUAAUGAGGCUACUUGCGAACGAAAUAUGGAAGUUUUCAUAAAAUGCCUUGAAGCUGUAUCAGGUGCAACAUUUGGAACUGGAAUAACAGCUAUUAAGUUAACAGCACUUGGACGUCCUCAGCUACUUCUACAAGUAUCAGAAGUAAUUAUGCGCACACGUAAAUAUAUGGAAGACCUAGUUGGCGGUCAUGGAAAUGUCCUUACUCAUCAUAAGACCAUUAAGGAUUUAGAAAAAUACUACUCCAGUUUGGGUGACAACAAAAACGUCCAAGAUUUCCUUAAAAAUGUAACCUCUGAUAAAGAAGGUAUUCUCCACUUAUUUCCUUGGUCGGGUAUUGUCGACGAAAAUUCUCAGCUGAGCGAUACAUUCAGGGUACCUGAUCCAAAAACCGGACAAAUGCGUCGAUUGAUCUCACAGAUUCCACCUAAAGAGGAGGAAAUGUUUAGAAAUAUGAUACGCCGACUCAACACUAUUGUCAAGACUGCCGCCGAUUUAGAUGUCCGCAUUAUGAUUGAUGCCGAACAAACUUAUUUCCAACCAGCAAUUUCUCGCAUCACACUGGAAAUGAUGAGAAAAUAUAAUAAAGAAAAGGCAAUUGUUUUUAACACUUACCAGUGUUAUUUGACUGAAGCUUAUAAAGAGGUGUGCACUGAUUUAGAGCAAGCUAAACGACAAAACUUCUACUUUGGAGCAAAACUUGUUCGAGGGGCUUAUAUUGAACAAGAAAGAGCCAGAGCCGCAGCUCUUAGCUAUCCUGAUCCAAUUAAUCCCAGUUAUGAAGCAACAACUGACAUGUACCAUAAAGUUUUGACUGAAUGUCUGAGGAGAAUUAAGUUACUCAAGGACAAUAACGAAGAUGCUAAUCGGAUUGGAAUCAUGGUUGCUUCUCACAAUGAAGACACCGUUCGUUUUGCAAUUCAGAAGAUGGACGAAAUCGGAAUUGAACCGGAAGAUAAAGUCAUAUGCUUUGGUCAAUUAUUGGGCAUGUGUGAUUUUAUUACUUUUCCUUUAGGUCAAGCCGGUUACUCUGCUUAUAAGUAUAUCCCUUACGGACCCGUGCACGAAGUAUUACCUUAUUUGUCCCGUCGUGCUACCGAAAACAUUGGAGUGUUGAAAAAAAUUGAAAAGGAAAAAAAGUUGUUGACUAAAGAAAUUUGUCGAAGAAUAAUGAGAGGUCAACUAUUUUAUAAACCCAGAGGCAAUUAUGUUCCAAUAUAAAUUGAUGUGAAUUAAUUAAAUGCCAUUAUUAUGAGACACAAAAUAAUCAAUUGAAAACAAAACAACUUUUCAGAGUCAUCUAAAAUUAACAUACGUAAUACAAUGUGCGCCCGAAAAUUUUAUUUGUAUUAUUCCUUACAUUAUAGGUCCUUUGUUACCUUAAUAGUAAGUAAAAUUCUCCAUGUAGUCCGCCCAAAUGAAUCAUUUACUAGUAAAAGACAGUAAUUUUUGUAUGUCAUUCCCUUAAGAUUCGAUAUUUUGUAUGUAAUUUGAAGAUUUGUUCAUAUAUUUAGAAAGAGAAGCGAUUGUAUGAUGUUUUAAGGCCAAUAGACACUGAGAAAUAUUCAUAUAUUUAUUUAAUUUUACAUGAUUUAAAAUCUCAUUAUUUUUCACAUCAGUUCAGUUCAUCAGAUUUCAUAGCAUAUAUUUUAUUCCAGUUACUUAAAAGUUAAAAUAAAAAGCUUUUUAUUAGGUAUUGCAAAUAUUUGCCUUUUUGAAUAUCGGCUAAUUGAUUUAUGAUAAUUACUUUAACACAAACCAAUGGAUUGAUUUUAUGAUAAAAAAAUGUGUUUAUUUUCCUUACGAAUUUGCAUAAUGAAAAUAUUUAAAAUAGAUAAACGCAAAUAAUCGAUCAGUUUCAUAAAUUAAUUUUUAAAUUCUAAAAUUCUAAACGAAUCUUCAAAAAAUAUUAAAAUACAAUUAUAGGAGCACGCAUAAAAUACAAUACAUGCAAAAAUGUUAAUUUCUACGUGAUUAGUUGUAAAUGUAAAAUCACAUAAAAAUACUGUUUUUCAGCCAAAUAUUAAUUGAUGUAGCUGUGAAGAAGUAUUGCAAAGGAAAACUUAUUAUGUACUACACGGAUUAAACUUCAGUUGUGAAAAAAGUACGUAGCUUUCAAAAAUCGCUUUGAGCAACCAAAAAGAAUACUCAUUUUCGUACUCCCAAAAAUGUUAUAUACUGUAAAUCAUAGAUCAUGCACAUAUAUUACCCUUUAAUCCAAAACUUUUUACCUAAAUGCAAACGAAUUUUUUGGGGUUUCCAUGGGUAAAUUCAGAUUUUCUUCAAAUAUUGUUUUUUUUUUGUGCUUUGACUUUUUUUCUGCGAGAGAGCUGCCAAAUUCGCAGCUAAACAAAUUGCAUCAGUAUUGUUGAAAAGAGGGGUAAAUUUGCAGAAAUAUUUGGUCUUAAAUCAAACAUAAUCAAUUUAUUUUGCCUCAUAGAAUGCAAAUAAAGAGAAAAUUGUUUUUUGACAGAUCUAGAUCAAAAAUAAGUUGAUUUAUUUUACCUAUGGAAAAUCCAAUUACAGCGUCUUACGUCAACUGUAGUAAAUGGUGCAUUUUUCAAAGAAUAUAUUUCAUCAGUUCAAAAGUUUUCAAUAUAAUCAUGAGUUUUGAAUUUUAGGGGAUUAUGGUAAAUUUAACUUCUUUAAGGCCUGAAACGUGGGAAUAAUAUCUAAACAUUUUGUAUAACGUCGCACGGUGUUAUGAUUAUUUUUAAUGGUUAGAUUGGAAAAUAAAUAAAUUACUAAUCAAAUUCAUAGGCAAAAUUAAACUUAAGAAUAUGCUCUUAAUUUAAAAUGAUAACAAUUGUCAGCAAAUGUUUUCUCAUAAUUAUAACUUUAAAUUAUUACCAUAAAAGCUGAAAUUACAAAUUUUAAGAAAGUUAAGAGACCCUACGCUAGAGUAUUUUGUGUAAGUUAAUUAAUACGUGUAAAUGUUAUAUUUUAGGCUGCAUUUUAAAUUAUCUUUUUGGGCAUAAUUAAAUUUUAAGAUUUUUGCGUUUUAAAAUUUAAACAAUAAUUGUUGCUUUUUUUAAAACUAUAAUUUAAAACAAAGAAAAUGAAAGAAAUAAGAAAAAUAACAUGACUUCUAAAAUGAUAUUUUAUUUUUAUUUGGUGUACAUGAAAGACAUUUUUUGAGAGUGUAAAAAGGAAUUUAAAAUAGUAAGGAUAUGUUUUUAGUAAUUUUUAGUUUUUAAUAAAGAAUUUUGCUGCUUUAAAAAUUAUUUUUAUAGGUAGACCAAUUUUAAAUGAGCUUAAAAACGUUCAAUUCAUUUUCUUUUCUCAAGGCAUGUAUGUGCAUACUUUAAGUUUAAAAGGUUUAUCGUUUGUAACUCGAAAAACAUCAAUUUAAAAAAGACAAUAAAUUAAAAGCAAGAUUUCGAACCCUAUUAGACUUGAACCUUGAACUUAAAGUUUGAUGUAAACAAAUCAUUAAUUAUAGAAAUACUAUAAUUAAUGAUUUGUCUAGAUUAAAGUACUUGUCAAAUUUGGCUAAAAGAAAAUCAAGUAAUUUUCUAUCCUUUGUUGCGAAUAGGUGAUCGUAUGUACAUAGAAAUAGUAUGUGUAUACCAGCCCUCGAUCUGAACAUUGAUGCUCCUCUAAAGCUAUUAGCUAAAAAACUACCAAUGCAUACAUAUAUACACAUAUUCAAGCACAAAUCUAAAUUUUGCAUUCUAAAUUUGCAAACCUUGCAUAUUAUACAUAUUUCUUUGGAACACCUUUUGGUUACAAACAUAUAAUAAUAGGGAUUUCUAUUAGCAAUUAUUUUUUUAAGCUGGUGUCCCUUAGUCAUGGACCUGAAAAGGUUCAAUAACUUGCAGUACUGCAUUAUAAAGGUUUUCGUCUAGUAGAUGUUUUAAUAAAAUUUUGAAAAAGUUCCUAGCUUUUAAUGGGUUUGUUUACUAACCCUGUCCAUAAAUUAUUUUUUAAUUUAAAGUAUUUGGAAUUUUUAAUAACCUCUCCUUUUGAUUUUGAAUGUAGACAGUAUGAUCGAUCAUUACACGAGUUUCACUGUGCUAUCAGCAAUUGUAAAAUAGUUCAGCUUUGACUUCUUUCUUGUUUUCAAACAUACAUUUUAUUAGACGUUUCACAAACAAACGGCCCCUUUCGCAUGCUGUUUUUAUAAUUUCAAAAAGACCCUAUCUCUGAAACGGUUGAGUAUAUAGAAAACUGUUUAAGACACAAAUUUGUUACUUUUCAUCAAAGAUAAAGAUUGAUUAUAUCAGACUUUAUUUUUCAGUUUAAAAAUGGAGAUGUUUUAUUUUAAAAGACACAAUCUAAGGCGCAGUAAUGCUUUAUCUACAAGUUAAAAGCGAACAACGAAUUAAAAAAAUUAUGAAGUUCCAGGUCUGCACUUAAUUUCUUUUAUGAACGAUAGGACAAGCCCAACAUUUAUUUAAUUUAAUUAUUGUUUAAGCAUAAUUAAGCUUUAAUUUUCAGGAUUUUAAAAUUUGUAUGCAUAUAAUGUUCUUACUGUUAGUAGUUAUAAUAAUUGACAAUGCUUAUACUUUAGGUGUAUAGUCGAAACUAUUUCAAAUGACAAUAAUAUACUUGUAUGUGGAAUUAUUACAAACUAAAUACAUUUAAAUUUCUUUUUUUUCCAAAGUAUUAAUAUAAUUAUGCAUGUAUAUUGUAUAUGUAUACAUACAAAUGAUUUAUUAAAUGUACAAUAUUUAUAAACAAAAUAAAGCCAUGUUUUAAGAA